GAGCUGCAAACAACACAAGUACUUCACAAAACUUAUCGCAGAUCUGUUAUUCUUCUCCAGCUUGUCUUCUCCAGCUUGAAUUCAACAACUAGUCGCCAUUAGCUAUGGCGAUUAGGGCUUUUCUUCUGUUUCUCAUCUUAUUCGUUUCGUCCACGACUUUUGCUCUUUAUGAAGAUCAAGUUGGCCUCAUGGACUGGCAUCAACAGUAUAUUGGAAAAGUGAAAAAGACAGUGUUCCAGACACAAAAGGCUGGUAGAAAACGUGUUGUGGUAUCUACUGAAGAGAAUGUAAUCGCCGCCCUCGAUCUUCGUCACGGCGAGAUUUUUUGGAGGCAGGUUUUGGGAGUCAAUGAUGUCAUUGAUGAAAUCGAUAUCACCCUCGGAAAAUAUGUUGUCACGCUAUCAUCAGGAGGAAGUAUCUUAAGAGCAUGGAACCUUCCUGAUGGCCAGAUGGUGUGGGAGUCAUUCCUUCUUGGAUCAAGUCCCUCGAGAUCAUUGUUGUUGACUCCAGCAAAUUUUGGUGCUGACAAGGACAAUGUGAUUCUGGUUUAUGGAAAUGGUUACCUGCAUGCUGUUUCAUGCAUUGACGGUGACAUUCUCUGGAAGAAGGAUUUAGCACAGAAAGGCAUCAACGUUCAUCAUUUGGUUCAUCCCGAAGAAAGUGGCAUGUUAUAUGCAUUAGGAGUUGGUGAUAGGUCCCAAUUUGAAGCAUAUGUAAUCAAUGUUGGGAAUGGUGAACUGCUGAAGCAUAGUAGCACGGAAUUUCCUGGUGGAUUUUCUGGUGAUUUGUCAUUAUCUACAAGUGACAAAGCAGUGGCGCUUGAUUCCUCUGGGUCAAUCUUAGUCACGAUAAGCUUUGUUGGUGGAGAAAUUAAAUUUCAGGAGGUCCAUAUUUCCGAUCUUCUUCAGGGUUUUUCAGGAGUAGCAGUAUUAUUACCUUCCAAACUUGCAGGAAUGGUUGCCGUGAAAAUCAAUAGAUCUUUGUUAUUUGUGAAAGUGAAAGAUGAAGGCACACUGGAGGUAGUUGACACAGUCCCUCAUGUUGAAGCCGUAAGUGAUUCUUUGUCUUUUGCUGAAGGCCAAACCGCUUUUGGGCUGAUUCAGCAAGAUGGUGGUAAAGUUCAUCUCACUGUGAAGUCUAGUGAUGAUUGGAAGACCCAUUUUCUCAAGGAAAGUGUUGAAGUCGACCAACCGAGGGGACUUGUGCACAAGGUCUUCAUCAACAACUAUAUCCGAACAGAUCGAACUUAUGGAUUUAGGGCUUUGAUUGUCAUGGAAGACCAUUCAUUGCUGUUAUUACAACAAGGUGCAGUUGUCUGGUAUAGAGAAGAUGGGCUUGCAUCUAUUAUAGAUGUAACAACUUCAGAGUUGCCCGUAGAAAAGGCUGGUGUUUCUGUUGCAAAAGUGGAGCACAGCCUCUUUGAAUGGCUUAAGGGACAUUUGCUGAAACUAAAAGCGACUUUAAUGCUUGCAACCCCUGAUGAUGUAGCAGUGGUUCAGAGAAUGAGGUUACAAAGUGCUGAGAAAAGCAAGAUGACCCGAGACCACAAUGGAUUUAGGAAGCUACUCAUUGUACUUACACGAGCUGGGAAACUUUUUGCACUUCACACAGGAGAUGGUCGAAUUGUUUGGUCUCGACUACUGAAUGCUCUCCGUAAAUCAGAAACUUGUGAAAGUCCAAGGGGCCUCAAGUUACAUCCGUGGCAGGUGCCACAUCAUCAUGCAUUAGAUGAGAACCCAUCUGUCCUUGUAGUUGGUACAUGUGGACAUAAUUCAGAUGCAUCUGGUAUUCUCUCCUUUGUUGAUGCAUACAGAGGAGAGGAGCUUAAUUACUUUGCACCUGUUCAUUCCAUUACACAAAUUAUUCCUCUUCCAUUUACCGAUUCAACAGAGCAGCGUUUACAUCUAAUAAUAGAUGCAGAGGGGUAUGGACACCUUUACCCUAGAACUCUUGAAGCAGUUGGUAUUUUCCAAAAGGAGUUGGGAAAUAUAUACUGGUAUUCAGUUGACGUAAACAAUAAUCUCUUAAAGGGGCAUGUGGUGAAGAAAAACUGCAAACCGGAGAUAGCCGAUGACUAUUGUUUUGAAUCCAGUGACCUUUGGUCUGUUAUAUUCCCCUCAGAUUCGGAAAAGAUCAUUGCAACUUCAACCAGAAAAUUGAGUGAGGUUGUUCAUACACAAGCUAAGGUUGUUGCAGAGGAUGUGUUGUAUAAAUAUAUAUCUAAGAAUGUGCUAUUUCUGGCGACUGUUACACCUAAAGCAAUAGGUGACAUUGGAUCAGUGAUCCCUGAAGAUUCCUGGCUUUUUGUUUAUCUUGUUGACACAAUAACUGGCCGAGUGCUGCACCGCAUGUCUCAUCAUGGCUGUCAGGGACCUGUACAUGCAGUCUUUAGUGAAAAUUGGGUUGUCUAUCACUACUUCAACCUACGUGCACACAGAUAUGAAAUGUCUGUUGUUGAGAUCUACGAUCAAUCUCGCGCGGACAACAAAGAUGUCCUGAAGCUUGUUCUUGGAAAGCAUAACCUUAGUGCACCUGUCUCUUCCUACUCGCGUCCUGAAGUGAUGACUAAGUCUCAAUCUUACUUUUUUACGCAUACUGUGAAAACAAUAGCAGUUACCUCAACAGCGAAAGGCAUUACUUCCAAGCAGUUGCUUAUUGGCACAAUUGGUGAUCAGGUUUUAGCACUUGAUAAGCGUUUUCUCGAUCCUCGACGAACUUUAAACCCUACUCAAGCUGAAAAAGAGGAAGGGAUUAUACCUCUUACUGACUCAUUGCCAAUCAUGCCACAGGCUUAUGUUACACAUGCUCUUAAAGUGGAAGGCCUUAAAAGCAUAAUAACUAUACCGGCAAAGCUAGAGUCAACCACCCUUGUCUUUGCUCAUGGAGUGGAUCUCUUUUUCACUCGGCUUGCCCCUUCAAAGACGUAUGACUCUCUUACUGAGGAUUUCAAUUAUGCUUUGCUUCUGCUUACCAUAGUUGCCCUAGUUAUAGCGAUCUUUGUAACGUGGAUUUGGUCGGAGAGGAAAGAGUUGCAGGAGAAGUGGAGGUGAGUCUUUCAACCAUAAAAGUGGAGUCGUCGAAAUCCAUUACACUUCCGUUUAUCGUUUUAUUGUUUUAGUACUCACCACUUUUUGUCACUCAAACUUCUCCUUUUAGAUUAGGAAGUUAGGCUGAGCUGUAUUUUUAGUAAUUUUGUAAUACUGCCCUCGUAUAGUUUUUUCAACCGGGGGAAGAAAGUUUGUUAAUUGAUAUUCAUUCUGAUGGCAAGGGAUACACAUAAUUAGGUUGUCAACAGUACCAUUAGGUUGUCAAAAAUGUAACCAAUGCCCUUUUUGGGCUUUCCAUCA